CAAACUUAUCUAAGUAGCACAACGCUUGCUACGUUUAACCACAUUUUCAUUUAGAUUUAUCACCUAGUUUAUUUUAAGAAUAAAGCUUAAUAACGUGAUCCUUUAUUGAUUUCAAAGAUGGAGUAUAUCAAAAAUAUUCAAGAAAAUUUAAUAAAAAUUUCAGAUUUUGUUGGCGCUAAUACACGACAAAAGAAUAAUAUAACUGUUGUUAACAUGUCAAAACGCAAGUCUACUACGAAAUUAAUUGAUGAAAAGAAUAUAGAUAUGCAUUUCGAGGAUGACGACGAAGAGGAACAAGCGAAUGGAUCAUCCAUAGCUGGAGAUUCAGGAAAGGGUUCAGUUUCACGUGUCUCUGGAAGAGCUAAGAAAGCAAAAGCCAUCUACGAUCCCAGUGAGUAUAAUGGUCCAGUACAUAAACGCAAAAAGGAGGCAUUGGAAGCCGAAAAAGUUACCAAAGUAUUGAAGUCACCAGGAAAACCGACAAACCUUCCACAAAUUGAAAAAGUUGUGAAAGUUCCUAUCGAACCAAUAGCUCCACCAGUUGUUCCUUCUUCUCUGCAACGUCAAAAAACUACAAUGAAGCCAACUACUAACAAAAAAAUUAAAAAAAGCUUGAGUACUGUGACACGACGAACAUUUACUACGAAUGCACCAACGGAGAAGAAAUUGAUCGUCGCUACAAAGAAAGAAACUCCUGUUAUUGCUGCACAAUCAUUACCACCAGUAAAGGAACCUUCAAAGCGCAUUCAAGCACGCAAGCAGCAUCCAAAACCUGCUUCAUCAUUAUUGAACGACGAAAAGCCUUCGGUUAGAGUUCGAUCAUCAUCAGAAAACUCUGAUCAGGCUUCCACAAUUGAGUACAAUAAUCCAGAGUCAUCAGCUAUCCCCAAUGUUGAGAAAUGGUCAUAUCAACAUGUUUCUCGAUACUUCAACACUAUUUUGGGAUUCUCUAAAAAAGAUUCAUCCGUCUUUACUGAUGAGGAAAUUGAUGGUGAGGCCUUAUUGAUCAUGAAGCGAAGCGACAUAGUCAAUACUAAAUUUCAACAUCUCAAGUUGGGAACAGCUUUAAAGAUGUGGAGUCAUAUUAUCACUUUCCAGACUGGCUCAAAAGACCCCACACAAGCUUGGAAAUAGCAUCAUCUCUACGACUAUUUCUUCUUUAAUUUUAUUCUUAAAAAUCAUUCAUCUUCGUGAAGAAAAUCAAUCAUCAACAAUUCUUUAACUAUUUACAUUAUUAAUUUGUAAACUUAGAUUAAAAUACAGAGAUCUCUUGUGCUUAUUUUUCAAUAAUAAAUUAAUAAAGAGAAACUAGAUACGUUAAAGA